AAAAAAAAAAAAAAAAAAAAAAAAAAAAAAAAUCCUAGCCCCGUGGAGCUGGCGCUCGCUCAUUCACAGUUUUCUAGAGAGAUCUGAGCCUGAACCUGGGAGCCGGGAGAUCUUUCUCACCCACCCAGCUCAACGGCAAGGACACCUACGGGGGGGGGGGAAACCCAUCCCACGCAGCCCCCCGCCGCCCCACGGCAGGCUGCCUGGCGCUGUGCAGUAAGUGAUGGAAUAAACAACACUUUCCUUUGGAUGGAUUAUACUACAUGUGAACUGCCUGUUACUCUUUCUGCAAGAAUAAGAAAAAGCCCUUCGCUUUCAUUUGUUGAAUACCAGCUCGAUAGCAAAAAGCUUCUGAAUGGCUCACGCUCACAGCAGACCAUCAAUUGAAUGGGAUCAGCCAUUCUCCUACUAAAAUAUCUGAAGUUAAGGAUUUGGAAAAGAGGUUUUUGAAGAGAUGACCCAUUUACAAGCUGGACUUAGUCCAGAGACUAUAGAGAAAGCCCGCCUGGAACUGAAUGAAAACCCAGACAUUUUGCAUCAGGAUAUCCAGCAAGUCAGGGACAUGAUCAUCACGAGGCCCGACAUUGGGUUUUUACGUACAGAUGAUGCCUUCAUCUUGAGAUUUCUCCGAGCCAGAAAGUUUCACCAAACUGAGGCCUUCAGACUGCUGGCUCAGUACUUCCAGUACCGCCAAUUAAACCUGGAUAUGUUCAAAAACUUCAAGGCUGAUGAUCCAGGAAUCAAACGGGCUCUGACAGAUGGGUUCCCAGGAGUACUGGAAAAUCGUGACCACUGUGGCAGGAAGAUUCUUCUGCUUUUUGCAGCCAACUGGGAUCAGAGUAGGAACUCCUUCAUAGAUAUCCUUCGGGCUAUCCUACUCUCCUUGGAAGUGCUCAUCGAAGAUCAGGAGCUUCAGAUAAAUGGCUUCAUUCUAAUUAUAGAUUGGAGUAACUUCUCCUUCAAGCAAGCCUCCAAGCUUACACCGUCUAUCCUCAAACUGGCCAUUGAAGGGUUACAGGACAGCUUUCCUGCCCGUUUUGGAGGAGUCCAUUUUGUCAACCAGCCCUGGUACAUCCAUGCCCUGUACACGCUAAUCAAACCGUUCCUCAAAGACAAGACAAGGAAAAGGAUCUUUCUUCAUGGUAACAACCUGAACAGCCUUCACCAGCUAAUACACCCUGAAUGCCUGCCCUCUGAAUUUGGGGGGACUCUUCCUCCGUACGACAUGGGGACGUGGGCUCGAACGUUACUUGGUCCCGACUACAGCGAUGAGAACGAGUACACCCACACCUCCUACAACGCCAUGCACGUGAAGCAUGCGUCCUCCAACUUGGAGCGGGAGGCCUCACCCAAACCCAUGAAAAGCCGCAUCUGGGUCACUUCUUGAUGUCUGAACUCGAUCUUCAGUCCAAGUGACAAAGACUGUUCUCUGCCUUUGCUUGUUCCAAGUACAGCCUGGGAGCUGAAUGUUCCUUCUCUGCCCUCCCAGGCAUCAAAAGAGCCCUUGCUUUUAACCUGCUGCUAGUGCAAACAGGUCUAAAACCAAUUUAAAAUUGCCCUGCAGAGAAAGGAAAUUUUACCUGACAGCUACAUAUAUAUUCUGGCCAAACAACCUGUGCUGUUUAAUCAAAUUUAUUUAGUCAGAGUUUAAUUAAGGAUAACUUUAAUCAAAUUUGGUGUUAAAAUUUUUUCUUAGGAUAACAUGGAUUGCAAGAACACUACCAUCACCAAGUCAAGCUCAUUAGAGACUCAGGAAAUUCAGAGUCAGGAUAAAACUUUAAAGUAAAACUUUUAAAUUAGAGCCAAACAUGCUAAUUGUGAAAAUGUACAAUUCAUGCAUCAAGACAGCAUUAACUUUUCCUGCUGUGAAGUAGAAACUUGAGCACCUAAAGAUGCAAUGACCUGCCUAGUGGUUCAUCAAAAGCUCCCAUAUUAGGCAUUUUGAAAAUGCAGCAAAAAAACCUGUUGGAAUGUGUUGGCCCAUGUUUUUGAGUCAGAGCAUGUGGACUUUUAUGUCCUAGAUUAGAGGGAAAGGAUUUUAAAGUACAGAUUAGGGUUUGCCAUUAUUGCCUCUUGAUGUGUGUGUUUUCAAAAGGACUGAUCUUCAGAUGAAUUUGUUGCUGAGACCAAUUGUUGGUUCUCAGAAAUGGGAUCCUGCUCCCAGAAAGAAGGGUGUCACAACUGGUAUACACUAAUGCUGACUGGAACAGUUUUAGAUCCAAAAGGGGCCAUUCGUGGGGGUGACAUAUGUAAGGUUUUUAUUUAUUCAGACUGGUUCCUCUGUAUGCCCAGCUGGGCUGUGCAAGGCAGACCUUUCUAGUUGUUAUCCUUGGUGUGACCUUAAUGUUCCUUCACCAUAUGUUUCUGCUUUUAUGGGUCAUGUUUUAUGCCGGUUCACAGUCAGCACCAAUUUACUGCAGAAGUAGUAAAAUACCAGCAAAUAAAAAUCAGUACGAAAAUGUGUGAAAACUUCUCACUGACCGUGGAUGGCACCUGGGUUGCUCUGCUUGUACCUGGGGUGCAUUUCCACAUGUGUUGGGGGAAAAGGAAAACAGUCCUUGUAAGCUUUCAGUUAAAAUAGCUCUAUAAAAUGCAAGACCUAUGGUGCAAGGCUUAUGUUCACUAUUUUAUUAUGAAUUAUUUCAAACAACGGAGAAUUUCUGAAUGCUUCUGCAGAAAUGCUUCCUCCAUACACAGGUUACGAACAAGACACCUCUUGACAGUAAAGCAGGUGUCCCAGAGAGAUGCAUCACAUAAUGUAUGCAUUAUCUAGUAACGUAGAUUAUUAGCUGUUGAACAGUUUUAUAGCUUUUAACCGGAAUUCUGCUAAUACAUCAGAGAGAAAUGGAAAGGAGCCGGUGGAUCUGGCACAUUAGCAGGUCCCAGGGAGGCUGCAGGGGAGACGGUGCAGAAUAUCCUCAGGAGCCAGGAGGGAGAGAAGCCGAGGAGGAGAUCAGAGUCGCAAAGCCACGGCUGAACCAAGGACAGGAGGGACGGGUAGCUUGGUGCUGGGGGUCCCCUGGGACAAGGCAGGAAAUCAGUUGCUCUCUGAGGGCAUCGACAGCAUGGGUUUCAUCUGUUUACAGCACUCAAUUACCAGUGACCAGUGCACGGGUGCACAAACACAGGCGGGAGGUGGGAAUGGCAGAACCAGUGCUGUUCAGACCGCCUACAAUAUUGCAUUGUAAAUUAUGUCUUCAGCUAGCUAUAAAUUUGCCAAAAAUUUAGUAGUUUAGAUUAGAGACAUGACACUUAAUAAAACAAAUGGUUUUAUACUGCUUAUGUCUUUUGCUGCCUUGUGAAAAGUCCACCUACAUCUGGCUGAGUUACAAGCCUUUGAAAAGGCAAUUCACACAUGCUCUGGAGAAACAUAUUUAAUUUUAGCAUUUAAUGACCUUAAGGAUUGCCUCAUGCUUUAGCUUGGCCUCCCAGAGUAAAUAAACUUGCUCAGCUCGGGUUGAUGGUUCAACGCCCACAAUGCGCAUCUCCUGUCUAGGUCAUGGGGUGCAGAGGGCUUUUGUAAUUACAACUUUUACUUGUGAUCACAACAACUUUCCCUGCACUAGGCCAGGCUGUAGCAAGACAUGGAGCCAGGAUUUGGAAGACUGACACCCCAUGCUCUCGGGGCUGCAUCCUCCCCGCUGUUGGUGGGAGAAUUGGAGAGAUGAGGAUUUAGCGGUGAACCCAGCUGGGAAAGUGGGAACUUGGGUCACUGGGAUGGGAGCCACAAGGCAGACUGAAAGAUGAGGCAGGCGUAAAGGACUGGAAGCAGCUGGGCUAGGAAGCACACUUGAUGGGCAAGCAAAUGGCGAUGGUUAGGGCGAGGCCUGAGGGGGACCAGGCAUCAUCCUUUGGUUAAGCCUGUUGGGUGUAGACCUGGAGAAGUGGAUCCUGCUCUCCGUCUCUCCUGGAGCCCCUGUGUCGGCCUGGCAAGUGUCUUAAACCAAACUUCACACAGAUGGUGAGAUUGCACAUUGCUUAUUUUCAGCCUGCCAAGCUAUAGACUCUGGAGUCUAAUUUCCAGAAAUACUCAGCACUCACCUGCAACAGAAAUCAAUGGGACAUGUGCUUUGAACACACAAGCUGCCAUGCAAUGCUGAGCGCUCUGCAAAAUCAGACCCUUGGUACUGGGAAAUGGGCACACCACAUUAGAGGUGUAGUUGGACCCUAAUCUCACUGCACUUCAGCUCUCCACAUGGAAAAUGGAAAUAAAAAACCCCUCACAGUUGUGCUAUGGGAGUAAAUGAAUUAGCAUUUGAGGCACACAAGUACUGCGUUGAUGAACUCCACAGAAAAGCUCGGGAGGGAAUUAACAAAGGUUAUCUUCAGAGCAGGCUUGGAAUAAUAUGCAGGAAAGGUGUCACAGAGCCACACGCUGAACCGCUAGAAGAAAGCAAAAUAAAUAGCAACUAACUAGCUCGACACUGUCUACCCUGAGCACUGAGGGAGGAAAGAGCCCUCCGAGAAAGAACAGUGCGUGCUCCUGGGGCUGGGGUGCAAUGCGGGAGUCACAAUGCCUCCACACACCCGGCCAAGUGACUGCUGCUCCCACAACCUACAUUUUGGCUUUUCCCGCUGUGGCGGUGCUUGACUUUCCAGCCUAAAUAAUACAUCUGCAGGGUUGUUUUCACACUGCAGUGCUGUUCUUGUUAAGGAUGGGAAACUUCUAAUGUAGGAUGGGGGAGUAGGAAGACUGACACCCUUUGCUCUUGGGGCUCCAUCUUCCCUGUUAUUGCCACACAGAAGUGAAGAUAUUAUGAUUCAGUGGUAAAUCAAUCUGGUUGAGAUACUGGGAACUGGAGUCACUGGAAUGGGAGCAAAAAAGGCAGACUGAAAGAUGAGGCAGGUAUAAAGGACCAGAGUAUCUGAGCAAGGGGACUGGAAGCUGUUGGGCUAGAAAGAACGCUUGGUGGGCAAGGAAAUGGGGAUGAGCAGGAAAAGCAUGAAUGGUGAUGACAAGUGCACGUGUGUGUGUGAAUGUGCAUGUAAUAUUCACAGAGUGAGAGAAGAAAAUUUUCUUCAUUACUUGGCCUGAAUUUCUUUUGUUCAGACAUCAUAUUCUGCAAACUUUUUAGCAGCUUUUGCCAAAUCUGCUGUAAAUUGGUGUUGACUGCUGCUGCAGUGUUGUCUUUAUUUGGCCCCAUUACUAGGCUUACCUUGUCAUAGGUAACAUAUUGCACCCCAAGGGACUGAAGGUCUUCCAGGACCUCCUGUCUGAAGCAGAUGCUCCUAUUCUUUCUAUGUGAAAAAAAAAAACCAAAACCAUGUGGAGGAGUCAGUCUAUAGCAGAGAAAGGAAAUGGAGAGGACAAGCUCCUACCCAUGCCUUUCCCCCAUCCUGGACUUGGGAUGUGACCAAGGCAAGAUCUUGACACACAAAGUCAGAAGCACUUAGGAGAAGGAGAUAUCAGGCACAUCCACACUGAUGAAAAAAAGACCAAGGUGUGUACCCUAAUUCCAAGGUCGGUGGCACAGACCGACUCCUGCCUGUAUUGCUCAGGGAUAGCCUCUGCCAGAAGAGCCUGGCUGCAUUUGCCCUGCAUAGCACCUGGCUCUUGCUCUCUAUGGCCUUAAGGCAUAAGACUGUAUGUGCUAUGCCAAAUACUUAAGCAUUUCUGUAUGUUUUCACAGAUCAGAAUGUCUGCAGUAAGCUGAGAGCUGUGUCAUAGCCCACCAGAGAACUGUUUUUACAAGCAAGUGCCAAAGGGUAUGCAUUGCAUCCCCUGGGGUGUGGUGUGGGCUAAGGGAUGGGUCAGGACAGGGUGCACAGCCGGCUGGACUAUGGUUAGAGCCAAAUGCGGUGCGGUCUCACCCCUACCACUCUUUGGUGCAGACCCUGCAGUGAGCUGUGCCCAGGGUUUGCAGUGGGGAGAAGCAGCUGGGGCCAGCUGUUGGGAAAGGAGGGGCAUGGAGAGAGCUGGCGGGCACAGGGAGGACGAGGGGUCUCAUGCUGGGGUUCACUCUGCAGCAGUCGCCUCUUUAGCGGUGUAAAUGCACUCACAGAGACUUCUUCCCACAUGCAGUUAAGCACAGAUGUGGGCUACAGUCAGCCCUGGCUUUGACAUGCCAAGGCACUACUCAGAGACCUCUCCUAGGGUGUGUUAACCAUCAGGGAGAAAGGUGGUCACCGCUGCCGUGGUGGCCACAAAGCCAGCUCCUGUUUGGGAAGCACAGCAUCUUGUCACCGUUGUCCUGUGGGCUAAGCACUGGGCUGGCAAUAAGGUUAAGCCAGAGUUUUCGUGCUGCUUUGCCCCCUGACUCACCACGUGGGUGGAUCACUUAACCAGCUCAGCCGUGCCCCUAGACACGGAUGCUGCUUCACCUCUCUGAAAUGCUGUGGUCCGUGUAUCAAAACUGCCCCUCCGGGCAGGUCUCUGCGGCACACCGCUGUGCUGUCUUAAUGCAGAGCUGUGAGCCAAUGCAAGCGCACAAGCUGCGGAGUUGCAUUAGCAAGGGAUUUCAGGAGGGCUUAUUAGCCUGGGCAGAGAGCCACACUUCAUGGCUUCUGCGCUGGAGUUGUGCACCGGCUGAGCAGAGCUUGCCUGCAUCUGCCUGCACCACCUGCGGGAGCACACAUGUCUUUCAAGACGCCUUGCCCAUGCAUUUCAUUUUCAAGUGCUUUCAAUAAUAAAGGAGUAUCUUUUACCACAAUUACUUCACACCUUCACAUCUGCAUUGUUUCUGUAAUACCGGGGGAAAAAUCCUUGGUUUUCCCACCUGAUGAAGGCAUACUCUUGAGGUGUGUUGCAGAGCACGCUCUGGGGUGCUGCACCCUCCUCUGUGCUCUGAUGGGGAGGCAGGAGGGGAGAGAAAGAAAUGCCCCUCAGACCUUGUCAAUACAAAAAUUCACGGGUGUGAUUUUAAAAAAAUGCUUAUUAUGUUCUGUAAAGGGAAUGAAUAAUUGGGAGAUGAACAGCCCUGAGGUGCUGGUGAAAUGGGAAGGGAAUUAGAGGAAAAUGAGCAGAUGGGAGGUGAGAGAGAGAUGAAUAGAUACACAUGAUGUGAUCUGAUUGAUUGGCUGCAGUGUGUCACUCUGAGAGCUUGAAGCCUCCUGCACUUGGGUGAAAAAAACAUGCCACCCUCCUCCUUCCUCCACAAAACCCCCCAAAGGAAGCCCAGCACAAAUGUAGUGUAUCGUCACUCCUGUGGGCUGCGGCACAUCAGCACUGCUGUGAUGAAAAGCAUAAAAUGAGGGAUCAGAGAACUGAAAGAUGUCUUUUAAGGCAAGCAUGCUAUGAAAUGCUGGCAGUUACUGUUAGCUCAGGGCAGGAUUUGGGUAUUUUAUUUUUUAUGGGAAACAAAACUGAUACCCAGCAGACAUCAAUUCCUGUGAGCUGAUUCACUCCAGCUGUACUCUGACAAAAACCUCCUGAAAACAGUGCAGCUAGAAGGCCUGCAUCCAGCCUUCUUACAUGUUUUUUGACUGAAUUUGAGAUAGUUGCAUUAAAAUGACCACACACAUAAAGCCAUCUGCUCUCUUAGAUACUGAUGUACAUACCUAUGCAGUGCUGUCAUCUGAAAUAUAUGGCUGACCUGCUGGAGAAACAGCUGGGUAGUGUUGAUUUUCCAGAAUUCCAAAUAUUCUUGCUGAACACUAAAACAGCUAUGGGGAUUUGAUUGACACUUUAAAUGGAGCAUACUCAAAUGGUACUUAGGCUUCAGAAGUAAGACUGAGAAUUAAUUUCUCUUUCCAUUUUCAUUUUGCUCUCCUAAGCGAAGUUACCUAGCCUUGGAAACUACGCUAGGAAAGUCUAUGGGCAUUGACUUGUCUGUUAAUUACUUCAGACUUAGCUCCCAGCCCACGGUGAUCACAUUAUACUUUACAAGAGCUAAGUCUUCUGCAUGUAUCAUGUUAAAGAAAGACAGGCACGGGGUCUGCCAGCUCAGGGCCUUACACAGUGACCCUAUCUGUGUGAUACAAACAAUUGUCUACUUGUGUUAGUAUUUAACUCGACCAGAUCCUCCACACCCAAGCAUCUUCCAAACUGGUUACUGAGAAUUUUUAGCUGAGAAAGGAGGAAAACCAGAAGGCUUUGAAUUCAAAUAAACUCAUUUAUAAUUCCAAAGUUGCAGCACACACAGAACAUGCCACAUUUCAGGUGAGUAUUAAAGGUAAUAUAGUGUGAGGCAGUUGUUGGUAUAAUAUGUAGGAAACGUUGCCUCGCAAAUCAUGGAACCUGUUCCCCCUGGUGUUAACAGAUGAGAACUCAUCAGAACAGGGACCUGAACGUAGGUAACCUAUGAAUCAUAUGCUAUGACCAUAUGUUUAGAACGGGUCAGAUGAAUUGCACCCUGAUAAUGUCUAUUUUUGCCAUUUAUAGCACAGAGUGGCCAUAGAUGUCUGAUGGUGAGAUGAAUCACAACACAAGUGACUAAAAUGUAGUGAUAUGAGGAGAAGGCCAAUGCAAUUACUAUUUCCUGCUUAGAUGUUCAUACCUGGCCCAGGUCAAAAUGACUUGGACAUUACAAACUAGUUGCAUUCAUCCUGCAGAAAAAAACAGCACAGGUGAGGCUCUGCUGCCUAAGUAUAGGCAUCUUGUAUGAUUUUAGGCACUUUGAUGUUCUCUUGGCCUCCAUCCGUUACUCCAGAAAGACAUGAGUCCUCUAUAAGUCUUCUAUAAAUCCUGGGUCACAACAGUCAGCCAUGGAAGGUUGUCUUGGAUACUCUAAGGUGCCCUAAAUGGCAGUAGGUAUCUACAUUUAAGAGCUGAAUGUCACCCAUGUUGUUGAAGUUGACAUCCCAAAGGCAUAAUGAGCUUUGAAAGGAAAUCAUUGUCCUGUCAGGAUAGAGAAACAUGAAUUGGGAUGGUUCAGAGAAGUUAGUAUUUCUGUGGGCACAGAAUCACAAAAAAGUUGAGGACCUCUGGAGGUCUUCUACCCAAGCCCCUGCUUAGAGCAGGGUCAGCUAGAGCAGGUUGCCUAGGACUAUGUCUAGAUGGAUUUUGAAUA